AUGGCAAUGGAACUGUGGGAAGGGGACAGCCAGCAUGGGGAAGACUGCUUGAAUUUGGCCUUUUCUCUUCAGGAGUUCUUAAAGAAUCCUCAUCGAGUUAAGGCUGACUUGGGCGAGUUUGGAGCAAACGGAUCGCUUAAGGCCGCAUUUGAUUAUGAGACGAAAGGAGGAUUCUUGGAGAGAUCAAAUCUUCUUAACGAUGGAUGGGUCGCACCAAAACUUUCCAAGAGGAUGGACAAAUUCAUGCUUUAUUCUCUUCUUCGCGGAAAGAAAGCUUUGCAAGGGGGAAUAAAUGAAGAUGUAAUGGAGGAGUUAGAUAAAACGAAAUGAGUUUUGAUUGGUUCAAGAAUGGGUGGCAUGAAGGUUUUCAACGAUACGAUUGAAGCUUUGAGGAUCUCAUACAGAAAGAUGAAUCCUUUUUGCGUACCGUUUGCUACAACAAAUAUGGGUUCUGCAAUGCUUGCAAUGGAUUUAGGAUGGAUGGGUCCUAAUUAUUCAAUCUAGGCUUUUAUAUGUAUAUUAUUUUUGCAUGACCUCUAUAUGCACCUGAACGAUGUAUAUGUACCUGAACGAUAAUAUUUUAUAUGAUAUUGAUAAUAUUAAGAAGUCCUAAUUGCAAUGACCUCUA